AUGCAUACAAGGUUCCGGCCUGGAGCGCUCGCUCUGAAAGAGAUUCGGCGCUACCAAAAUUCGACCGAGUUGCUGGUAUCCAAGGCAAGCUUCCAGCGCCUCGUGAAAGAAACCGCUGGCGCCGUCGCCGGGAAUCUGGCAGGGCAAUUGCGGUUUCAGUCGACUGCCGUCAUCGCCCUUCAAUAUGCGGCGGAGGCAUAUUUGGUCGGUCUGUUCGAGGACACCAACCUAUGUGCCGUACACGCGCGACGCGUCACUAUCCUGCCGAAGGACAUGCACCUGGCGCAGCGACUGCGUGGAGAGGUGUAA